AUGCUUUCUCCUCAGGGCGUGCUCGCCGAGCAGCUUCCUCAAAAUAUCGUGCGUACGGCACAGAAUACGGACAAGGUAGACGAUCAGGAGGUAACGGUGCUGUGCCAGGAGUACGACGACCGCACGCUCGUGCUUGUCACACAGGUCGGCAAGGUGGGGUACCUCGUCCAAGCGCAGGUGAACCCGGGCGAGCAGACUGCCGAGUUUCUCAAUAACAAGGGGCGGCAGGACACGAUUCGCGUGCCGACCGUCUCGCUCGUGCCGCUGUUUGGCACGCCGCCGAACGAGAUGGGCGACCUGUACGCACUCUAUGCCACUCAGAUCGCGGCCAAGAUCUGCGCGGACUUGUACACGGCCGACACGAUGAUGGGGCCGAUGAAGCCGGUGGUCGUCGGCCUCGCGCUGAGCCCAGCGACAGAUAACGAGGACCUGGCUAAGGAAAAGAAUCGCCUAGAUACGGUCCUUGCGCUCGUCGAAAAGUCGCGCGUAUGGUGA